AUGUCUGAUGCCCCGCCUGGCGCGCAGUUCGUGCCUCCUCUCGAGCCGUUUCCAUCCGAGCCGUUGUCGACUGCCGAAGCUGAACCUUCAGCGCCACAGAAUCUAGACGUGACCACAAAAGUGGAACGUUUACAGGUGCAUCAUAUCACCGUCUGUGCUGCCUUGAUCAAACACCGCAGAUGCGCAGGCUCCACGUCCAUGGCCGAGCAAGAACCAGAACCAUAUUUCGUCUUUCAGGCUCACGCUCAACCACAAUGGACAAGAGAUCAAUACGUCGCAGAAGAUGAUGGGGAUACCGACUGUGUCUGGAAUGACAGCGUUGCAUCCAUCGUCGGUAGGACUUGUGGCCGCACUCUUCGCCCUAUGCGAUGCAAACGCCAAGAGUCUGGUACAUGUCCAUUCUAUCACGUCUGUCCAGACUUCAGCAAGACUCUCGGUGGAUGUCCUUUCCCCUCGCAUCACGGUAUGCUCGUACACAUUAGACCUACUUGCCGCUUCGUUCUCUCCGGCAAGGCUUGUCCACGCCCACUCGAUGAAUGCCGCUUCGCGCACGACUACGCGCCAAUUCGCAGACAUCGCGAAAUAGUCAGCAAAGAAGAGGGGGAGUAUCACCAGGCUCUCCUAAACGGCAUAGACCAAAAGGACAUUGGACACCCCAAAUACUGGCCCACUCCCAAGAUCACCGAAGUUCUCUAUAGAUGA